GGCUGCUCGGGAUGUGACCCUGCGUCCGGGCCAGCAUGGCCGCCGCUGUGGGGCUGCGGGGCUGGGGCCCGCUCCUGCUCCGAGGCAGCUCCUGGCGCAGCUUCACCUCACAGACGGACGGGGAAGCUCGAGUGAGCCGUGUCCUGCGGGAGAAGUUCCCCCGCGCCGCCGCCAUCCGCGUCGUGGACAUCUCAGGAGGAUGCGGGGCUAUGUAUGAGAUUCACAUCGAGUCGGAGGAGUUCAGAGAGAAGCGAACGGUGCAGCAGCACCAGAUGGUGAACGAGGCACUAAGUGAGGAGAUCAAGAGCAUGCACGGACUGCGAAUCUUCACCUCCACCCCUAAAUCCUGAGCAAUAAAGGUGCUGCCUCCUUCCAGACA